UAGUGACCGCGACAAGGUGUUCGUACACGUGUUAAGUUGAAUGUGCAUGUCUGACUUCAUAUUCAUCAAUUCUCUGACAAGUUUUUGCAUUUAAGUGUUAUUUCCCGCAAUAAUAUCAAUGCUGCGAUUUCUGGAAAUCCUCAUCAUAGCUGCGCUGCUGCACGGCACAGCUAACGCACAAAGUUGUCGCAAUCCAAAUCAAAAUACUGGCUAUUGCAUAUCGCUCUACGAAUGCCCGCCUCUCCUGAAUUUGGUCCAGAAGAUUCAGCUCACGAGUGAUGAGCGCUCUUUCCUGCGGCAGUCGCAAUGCGAAAAUGGAUUCGGCCGCUCGCCCUAUGUGUGCUGCACUCGAGAUAUAAAUUACUCUGACCGCCAGACAUCAACAACAAUCACGCCCAUUGACACAACAACCUCAACAACUACAACAAGAACAACUCCAUCCAUUAGUCCGAUCCGCCGGCAGGACGGAGAUUUGCUGCCGCGCACCCCAGCCUGCGGACCAAGCUCGUUGUCCAAUCGGAUCUACAAUGGAAACAAUACGAACUUAGAUGACUUCAUGUGGAUGGCACUGCUGGAGUAUAGAAGUCGUAGCGGCGAGAAGCUCCUGAACUGUGGCGGCAGUUUGAUCAACAGUCGCUAUGUCCUAACCGCGGCCCACUGCGUCACGGGCGACAUCGAGAAAGAAGUGGGACAGCUCAAUCGCGUGCGACUUGGUGAAUAUGAUCUGAGCACGGAUGUGGAUUGUAUAGAUAGGGACUGCAACCCGCCCGUGCUGGAGAUAGAAGUCGAGGAGGCCAUCCCGCAUCCGCAAUAUGAAGCAAGCAGUCGUCAUCGGCAUAAUGAUAUCGCCCUCAUACGUCUACGUACGCCCGUCCAGCUCAACGAGUACAUCCAACCCGUGUGUCUGCCCCUGCCCAGCGUGCGAUCAGCUAUCAACAACUCUGAGCUGCUCGUUGUUAGCGGCUGGGGACGAACAUUGCUCAGUCGACAAAGCAAUAUUAAGCAGCGGCUGGAUGUGCCCGUAACAAGUUUGUCUUACUGCACUGAUAAGUUCGCCACGCGGCAAAUUGACGUGAUCAGCUCACAGCUGUGCGCUGGCGGCGAAUUCGCGCGUGACAGCUGUGACGGCGAUUCGGGCGGACCACUGAUGCGUUUCAAGAACGCGUGGUACCUGGAAGGCGUCGUCUCGUUUGGCAAUCGCUGCGGCCUCGAAGGCUGGCCCGGCGUCUACACUCGCGUGUCGGACUAUAUAGACUGGAUCGAGAGCACGAUUCGUGCGUGAGGAGGUGUGGGCUGCGAGAUGAGGCGAGGCGAACCCGAGUCGAAAUGCACCUAUUGUAAAAUUAAGUUUUAAUUAAAUAGAAAAAGACGAAGAGAGUGCGCGAGCGAAGUG